AUGGAUGAUAUAGUGUUCAUUGGUGACUGGAUUAAAGAUAGAGUGUUAGGAUCCGGAAGUUUCGGGACCGUUGUUCUUUGGAAACACAAAAAUAGUGAGGAAAAACUUGCAAUUAAGACGUGUAAAUGGGGCGAUGAGCUCACUGCCAAACAUAAAGAAAGAUGGGCGAAGGAAGUAGAGAUGCUGCAGAAUUGCGACAACCCAAAUAUCGUCGGUACAAAACCGCUACCACCAGAAUUCAUCUCGGGUCUGGCUCGCGCAAAUCCUUCAAAACUGCCCAUUCUAUGCAUGGAGUAUUGCAGCGGCGGUGAUUUACGCCAAGUACUUAACAAACCUGACUCAUGUGGAGGUUUAAAAGAACCACAGGUACGGAGAAUUCUCGGCGAUAUAGGUAACGCCAUGAAAUUCUUGCUUAAAAACAAGAUUACUCACAGAGAUCUCAAGCCUGAAAAUAUUGUGAUGAAUCAGCUACCAAAUAGUGAACAGGGUCAAGACAUUAUUUACAAGAUAAUUGAUCUAGGAUAUGCAAAAGAGAUCGAUUCUAAUUCUGUUUGUGCUAGUUUUGUAGGCACAUUACAAUACUUGGCACCUGAAUUGUUUUACAGCAAGACUUAUAGCAACUCUGUAGAUUUCUGGUCAUUUGGAUUGGUAGCUUUUGAAAUUAUUUGUGGAACAAGACCAUUUUUGCCACUUAAAGCACCUGUAGAAUGGAUGCCACUAGUGAAGAAAAAGAGCCAUGAUAAUAUUUGUGUUUUUGAAAGUUUUCAUGGAGAUGUUACAUAUUCAAAUGAGGUGUUUGAAGAAAAUCAUAUUUCGAAGCCUUUUAAAUCCUUAAUUGAAGAGUGGCUGAAAGUAGCUUUAGAAUGGGACCCGAAGUUGCGAGGCCGUGAUUCCCCUUCAAAAGUAACAUUUGAUAUACCAUCUGAAAGCAAAGGCGUCGCCAGCAAUGUUAUAAUAUACAGUAUGCUUGAAGAUAUAUUAUCAAAGAAGAUCAUUAAAGUUUUCUCAGUUCCUACAAUAUGUAAUUUAGCAUAUGAAAUUCAAGAUAAUACUACCGUUGAAACACUGAAGACUUGGAUAUGUAAAGAUAUAAAUAUUCCUGUUGAAGAUCAAAUCUUAAUAUCACAAUUGCAUUGUACUAAUAUCAGCAAUGAUGAAUUUGUGGUUAAAUAUCACAAUGAGAACAGUAAUACUAUGUUAUUUGUAUAUAAUAAAAAUAAUAUGCUUGGUGAGAUCUCUCCACCGUUUGUCCCGAAAUCAGUCCAAAGAUGUCUGGAACUACCGAAAUCUUUGUACAACUACAGAAACAGCCAAGAUUUGUACCACAGUGCCUUCUACUUUGUUAUAGCGCAAAUGGAUAUAUAUGAUGCCCUUAUUAAUGGCAUUUUUACUAGAGCAGAGUGCCUGAAACUUGAAAGCAAACAAUUGUUGGUAAAACAUAAUAGUGUUGAUAAAAGUCUCGGGAAAUUGCUUGCACAAUCAGAAAUACUGGCGAAGAUGAGGAACCAGGGCCAAGAACAUAUAGAAAGCCUCAAAGAAAAUGGUAUUGGGACAAAUUUCUUGGGUGGAUUUGGUAAAAUAUUUAAAGAUUCUGAUGAAUAUCUAGAAAAAAUCCAAAAACUGAAUAAUGCCUGGUCUCAACUGACUGUUAGGUUACAGUCUGCUGCAAGACGCAUCAAUGAAUCCGUAUCAAAUGAUCUUAACGGCUUUGUUACUAAAUACAACUAUCAAAACCUGUUCUCAAACGCUUACAAAACGUUCAUAUCACACAAAAAAAGCGAUUUUUACAACAACAACAGAGAAAAGGAAAAGCAGUGUCCGGAAAUUGUGAAAAUAUGUUACGACUGUUUGAAGUUGAGGAGUAAAAUAAUUCAAGAUCUUCAGCAUCAACAGUUUCUGAUAAAACUAAAGGAUUUAAGUACCGAGUUUACUAAAAUAUCUGACAUAAUAGUUAAUGCUACGGAUAAUACAGAGCGAUUAAGCAAGGAUUUAGUUGAUCUGUUUGAUGAAUUUAAUACAUGUGUGUGGUCAACCAUAAGUUUAGCAAUUAGAGAUGCUGAUAAUUUAGCCGAUGUUCCAUAUAGUGUUGUAUCAUUUCAGAAAAGAGAUUUUAAAAUCGGUGAUUCAGUAUCAAGUAAUUGCAUCCCAGUAAAGAACAAAUUUGAUAACACAGUCAGAUCUUUGAUAACGGAAAGCUUAAAGAUUAGACAGAAUCACAGCAGUUUGUGUGAGAAGUUGAAUUCCCAGAAGCAGUUGCUACAACAAUCAAUUUUGGACUUCAGUUUUCUCAAUGAUUGUUAG